AACAGUGCAAGAAUCACGAAGAAUACAAAGAACAAAAUAUAACCUACAAAAUUUAUAUGUUGUAAAAAAAUGAUUGACAAAGUAAAUUCGUUCGUCGAUCUGAAGCUCAAUUCGUGGAUUGUCAAGCAAUGUAACUCCAUUGGAUUGAAAAAGCCUACUCCUAUUCAAGCCAACUGUAUUCCUCGAAUUUUGGCUGGAGAAGAUUGUAUCGGCUGUGCUAAAACUGGAAGUGGAAAAACUUUGGCUUUUGCUUUACCCAUUCUACAAAAGCUAUGCGAGGAUCCGUAUGGAAUAUUCGCUCUUAUUCUUACUCCAACGAGGGAAUUAGCCUUUCAGAUUGCAGAUCAGUUUUCAGUGAUUGGUAAAGCUAUGAACUUGAAAAAAUCAGUCAUCGUUGGCGGAAUGGAUAUGAUGAUUCAGGGAAAAGAGUUAGCUAGACAUCCUCAUAUUGUUGUUGCUACUCCUGGGCGGUUAGCAGAUCAUUUAGAAAGCUGUGAUACUUUUACUUUGAGAAAAAUUAAAUUUCUGGUUCUUGACGAAGCUGAUCGUUUACUCAGUGGACAGUUUGAUGAGCAGAUUAAAACAAUAUUUCAAGCUUUACCCAAACAAAAACAGUCCCUACUCUUUAGUGCUACUAUUACCGAUGCUUUGGAUCAAGUUCAGAAGGUCUCUACAAACAAGGUCUACAUGUGGGAAUCUAAGGAGGAAUCUGGUGUGGCAACUGUUGAACAAUUAGAGCAGCAUUACGUGCUGAGCCCAAAAGAAGCUCGUGACGCUUACUUAGUUGAAGUAAUCAGAAUGUUUAGAAGCAAUAAUGAAAACGGAUCUAUUAUGAUUUUUACAGAUACUUGCAAAAAUUGUCAACUACUGUGCAUGACCCUAAACGAAGUUGGUUUUACAAAUGUUGCGCUACAUGCAAUGAUCAAACAAAGAGAAAGAUUAUCAGCCCUCAGUAAAUUUAAAUCAAAUCAUGUAAAGAUACUCAUCGCUACCGACGUUGCUGCCAGAGGAUUGGAUAUUCCAACGGUAGAAUUAGUAAUCAAUCAUACAGUCCCGAAUGUUCCAAAAGAGUAUAUUCACAGAGUAGGAAGAACAGCAAGAGCUGGAAGAGGUGGAAUGGCUAUUACUAUAGUGACACCAAAUGAUAUUAAAUUAAUCCAUGCCAUUGAAGAAACUAUUGGAAUCAAACUGACGGAGUACAAGAUAGAUGAUAAAGAAGUUGUGACAAUUUUUACCCAAAUAUCUGUGACUAAACGAGAAGCUGAAAUAAAGCUUGAUGAGACUGACUUUUACGAAAAAAAGUUGAUAAAUAAAAGAAAAAAGCUGAUUUUGGAAGGGAAAGACCCCGAUGAAGAAGAGGAAAAACUAAUGAAAAAAAUUCAGAAACAUAGGAAAUCAAUGAAAAAGGCAAAAUUGAAUAACAUGGAAAGCAAUAGUUCAAGCUGAUAUUUCGGUAUAAAUGUAUUUACAAAAUAAAGUAUAUUUUGUAUUAUUAUUA